AAGAUGAUACUAAGAGCAGCCCUAAGGGGGGGCAUCGUCCUUUUCCUUCUACUCAUCGGAAGAUCGGUCGAUGCCCAAGACGAUGACUCUUUAGCCGGCAGCUUCUUAUCGGGUCUCUUGGAUUCUAUAACAAGCACGGCUAAAAGUGCGGAUUGUCCUGGCGUUUGCGUGCACGCACUUGCAACGUUGAUGUGCGAUGAAGUAUUAGAGGAUGUUCAAUGUCCAACAAGUAGCAUGCGAUGCUGUGUCAUUGAGCCAGUUAAUUCUUCCUCAUCAUCUUCCGAUGAAAAUUUCGUCGAACAAACUACUACGACUCCUGUCGUAUUGUCGAGCACAACCCCGUCUACGACAACGACGACGACGACGACGACUAUGACGACAACGACUACGACAACAACACCGGCAACUACUACGACAACGAUGAAAGCGACUACUACUACGGCUUCUACUACUGCGAAUAAACAAAACGGGCCGGCAGAUAAAUCUCAAGGACAAAUGUGUUCGGGAAUAUGUAUGCCGGAAAGAAUAGCCGAUUAUUGCGAUGCCAUACUUGUCAUAGAUUCUUUAUGCAAAUUGGGACACAAAUGUUGCGUCACGAGAGACGCCUUUGGUGAUUCUCCACCUGCAGAAUUAUUGGUUAUCGAUCGUACUAAUUCCAGUCGAAACAAUACGUCUAACAAAAGUAGUAUACUUUCUCAAACGAGUACAAGACCUGGUAUUCACUCGACGAAUCCAUCAAUGGCCACGACCACGACAACAAGUACUACAUGGACGUCGACUAAACGACCGUCAACGGCUAUUGCAACAACGACGAGUACGACGACGAUGCAAACAAGACCAAAACCUACUUUGAGAAAACCGUGCAAAGGCGAAUGUACCAGCGGCCUAUAUGCUCUAUUCUGUGAUAACAUUGAUACCGAAGCUGAUUGUCCAGGAGAUGGAUCUUGUUGUAUCACUGAAUUACCUGUAAAAGAGGAAGUAACAACAACCGUCCGUCCAACUACAACAAGGCCUUCACCUCCUCAACCUAAAUUACAACCUUGCCCUGGCUUCUGCUUGCUGACAAUCAUGGCAGCAUUCUGUGAACGACCAAACUUGAUUAUCGCUAAAACGUCAACAUGUCAAUCUGGAUCGAUCUGCUGUGACAACACGAAAAGUCCGCCGCAGACUCCAAGACCACGACCGAGACCUACCACGAGACCAACAACCACCAUUACUUUACCACCUGAUCCACGUCCAGAGUGUCCUGGUUCUUGCAUCGUAUCUUACUUAUCCUUCACUUGCUUUAGAAAUGCGGAAUUAACGAGUUUGUUCAAGUGCAAGAAACAGGGACAUCAAUGUUGCGCACCGAAAUCAUUAAUCAGAGAACUUCACGGUGGUAAUAGCAGUGAACCGAUUUUGACUAACAGGAAUGAUACUUACAGCAAUAUCGUUACGGUUAGACCACAUACAACAACCUUGGCUCCGACAAUUUAUGAAACGACAACGAUGGCGAUGACAACGACUACGAAGAGUCCGGUGUACAAUAAAUAUGUAUGCGGUGUAAAAGGAACUUCUCGUGGGCCGAUUCAAGCUCGUAGCUUCGAAAGGAAUGCUCGUGUAGUUGGUGGAGAAGAUGCAGAUGCCAACGAAUGGUGUUGGCAAGUUGCUCUUAUUAACUCUCUCAAUCAGUACCUUUGUGGUGGUGCUCUUAUCGGUACUCAAUGGGUACUCACAGCAGCGCAUUGUGUCACAAAUAUCGUGAGAUCGGGUGAUGCGAUUUACGUAAGAGUUGGAGAUCAUGAUUUAACUCGCAAGUAUGGUAGUCCAGGUGCGCAAACGUUAAGAGUCGCUACGACUUACAUUCAUCACAAUCAUAAUAGUCAGACUUUAGAUAACGAUAUAGCUCUUCUUAAAUUAUACGGUCAAGCGGAAUUAAAAGACGGAGUUUGUCUAGUUUGUUUACCUGCUAGAGGAGUUAGUCAUACAGCUGGUAAAAGAUGUACGGUUACUGGUUACGGAUACAUGGGUGAAGCUGGCCCCAUACCUCUACGAGUACGUGAAGCAGAAAUACCGAUCGUUAGCGACGCCGAAUGCAUUAGAAAAGUAAACGCUGUGACGGAAAAAAUCUUCAUACUUCCAGCUAGUAGUUUUUGUGCCGGUGGAGAACAGGGUAAUGACGCGUGUCAGGGUGACGGAGGAGGUCCAUUAGUUUGUCAGGAUGAUGGCUUUUACGAAUUAGCUGGAUUAGUAUCAUGGGGCUUUGGCUGUGGAAGGUUGGAUGUUCCUGGUGUUUAUGUUAAAGUAUCCGCCUUCAUCGGUUGGAUAAAUCAAAUCAUAUCAGUGAAUAAUCUUUAAUCGUCUUAUACAUGCUACCGGAAUUGUCCAAUAGAACUGAGACGUUUAUUUAUUAUUAAUAAAACGUUGAUACACUUUGGUGAGCAUUGCGUUGUAAUAUGUUCAACGACGCGGUGCACGCGCAACGAGGAUGUCACGAAUAAAUUAUUUAAAGUCAUCCUCGGAAACGCAUUUAAUGCCUGUGCCAAAAAAUUAUAUUUUAUUAAAAUGCUAAGCUAAUUCUUUUUUUUUUUGUAUGCGUUUUAACUCCGUGGGAUUUUUGAAUAAUAAGUAAACAAGAGGCUCGAUAAAGAAAGUCCCCCAUUUUGUUUUUAGACGAAACAAGUGUGCUAU